UACUUGCCCUCUCAUCCGCACAGCUAAAUAUAGCCAUGUCCUCCUCAUCGUCUCCAUCUCCAUGCACCAACAUGCAUGCACGCCUGCACUGCAAUGGCUUCCCUCAUGCUGCACCCUGCAAUGCUCCUCUGCUAGAUUAUGGCGCCAACAAUUAAUGCCACCACCAACAAUUAAUUAACAAGAAUUGAACAGUAGUACCGAGGUUGAUCCAUGGAGACGGCUGCAAACAUGUCGGCGGGGGCGGCGACGGUGAAGCCGCUGGCGGCGGCGUGCUACGACAACAACCUCGUGAACUCGCAGGGCAUGUUCCUCGGAGACCAGCCGCUGCGCUUCUCCCUCCCGCUCCUCCUCGUCCAGGUCUCCCUCAUCCUCACCCUCUCCGCCGCCGCCCACCACGUCCUCCGCCGCCUCGGCCAGUGCCGCUUCGUCACCCACAUGCUCGUCGGCAUCUUCCUCGGCCCCUCCGUCCUCGGCCGCAACCCCCAGCUCCGCGGCGCGCUCUUCUCCGAGCGCGGCACCUACAUCCUCGAGAGCGUCUCCCUCGUUGCCCUCAUCCUCUUCCUCUUCUCCAUGGCCGUCAAGACCGAUCUCACGCUGCUCCGCCGCCCCACCGCACGCGCACUCGCCGUCGGCCUCGCAGGCUGCCUCGUCCCGCUCGCCGUCACCCUCCCCGUCUUCCACGCGCUCAGCCCCUCCCUCCCCGCUGACCUGCGCGGCUCCUCGCUCCUCACCGAGCUCGCCGUCCGCCUCUCGCUCUCCUCCUUCCCCGUCGUCGCCGAUGCGCUCUCGGAGCUCGACCUCCUCAACUCUGAGCUCGGCCGCGUCGCGCUCACCGCCUCGCUCAUCACCGACGUCACCUCGUGGUUCCUCCGCGCCUGCUUCGCCGCCGCAUUCCUCAUCACGGAGGCCAAGUCGCCGGUUUUCACGGCCAAGGUGCUCGCCUCCUUCGCCACCUUCGUCCUCUUCGUCGCCUUCGUCGCGCGCCCCGCCGGCCGCUACAUCGCGCAAAAGCGCACGCCGGCGGGCGACCUCCUCUCGGAGGGCUCCUUCGUGGUGGUGGUCAUCGCGGCGCUGCUGUCAGCGCUGGUCACCGACGUGAUUGGGUUCAAGUUCAUGAUCGGGCCCAUGAUGCUCGGCCUGGCGCUCCCCGGCGGCAUGCCCAUCGGCGCCACCAUGACGGAGCGCCUCGACUCCUUCUUCAUUGCGCUCUUCCUGCCUGUCUACAUGGCGCUGGCCGGGUACCGCACCGACCUGGCGGAGCUGGGCCUGGCCGGCGGCGAACACGAGGAGAAGUUCUGCGCGCUGGAGCUGUUCGUGGCGCUCUGCGUCGCCGGCAAGAUGGUGGGGUGCGUCGCCGCGGGGCUCUUCUUCGCCAUGCCAUUCCGGGAGGCCACGGUGCUGGCGCUGAUGCUCAACAUCCGCGGCAUCGUGGAGGUGGCCGCCAUCAAUAAUUGGGGGGACACCAUGAAGGCGACGGCGGAGCACUACUCGACGCUGACUCUGUCCAUGGUGGUCAUCACGGCGGUGGUGACGCCGCUGAUCAAGCUGUUGUACGAUCCGUCGGGGAGGUUCGCGCGUGCGAAGCGGCGGACGCUGGAGGGCGCGCCGCCCAACGCGGAGCUGCGCGUGCUGCCCUGCCUCUUCCUCGAGGACCACGCCGCGCCGCUGCUCGACCUCCUCGAGGCGUCGGGGUCCUCGCGCGACGCCCCCAUGUCGCUCAUCGUGCUCCACCUCACCGAGCUCAUCGGCCACGCCGCGUCCGUGCUCAAGCCCCACAAGAAGUCACGGAGCGGCAGCGGCGGCAACCCAACGCCGUCCGACCGCAUCGUGAACGCGUUCCGGUACUUCGAGCAGCAGGCGGCGCCCGGGGCGGUGACGGUGAGCCCGUACGUGGCGGCGUCGCCGUACAGCAGCAUGCACCACGACGUGUGCCUCCUGGCGCACAGCCGGAAGGCCAACCUCAUCCUGCUUCCGUUCCACAAGACGUCGGACGGCGCGCGGAGCACGGCGAACAACGCGAUCCGCGCCGUGAACAGGUCGGUGCUGCAGUACGCGCCGUGCUCGGUGGCCAUCCUGGUGGACCACGGGCUGGCGGCCGGGUCGGCGUGCGCGACGGCGUCGAACAGCACGCUGCAGAGGGUGGCCAUGUACUUCCUGGGCGGGGCGGACGACCGCGAGGCGCUGGCGUACGUGGCGCGGAUGGCGGAGGGCGGCGGCGUGGCGGUGACGGUGGUGCGGCUGAAGCUGAGGAACUGGGUGGGGAUGGGAGGGCGCGACGAGGUGAGGGACGAGGAGGCGCUGCAGGCGUUCUGGCAGAGGUACAGCAGCAGGGACGGCGGCGAGCGGGUGGCGUACGUGGAGCAGACGGUGGAGGACGGGGAGGGGACGGCGUCGGUGGUGCGCGCCAUGAGCGACAAGUUCGACCUGGUGGUGGUGGGGCGGCGAGGCGGAGGGGAGGGCGACGACCUGGAGGGGUCGGCGCUGACGAGCGGGCUGUCGGAGUGGAGCGAGUGCCCGGAGCUGGGCGUGCUGGGCGACAUGCUCGCCUCCGCCGAGUUCGCCUCCAAGGUCUCCAUCCUCGUCGUCCAGCAGCAGCAGCACGCCGGCACCGCCGUCGAUCCCUGACCCUCUCACUCACAUACUCUGCUUCACCUGCACUGCAUUACUCAUCUUCUUUGCUUAGGCUUUGCAUCAUCUUGCUUAAUUUGAUACAGGCCAAUAGUCUCCAUGUCAAUCACUUUGACUCCUAAUUAGGUAUUUGUACAAGUGUAAUCACGUAACCUAAAAUCAAUGUUCGUGUAUAGUGAAGUCAUGUAUCUCUCAACUUCUCGUUUUGAAGGUCAGAUUCUUUAUAAUUUAUCUCAAAUAAAAAAAAAUCCUAUACAAAGGGCUUCCUGCUUG